CACUCAUAUUCUGGCUGCAAUAGAUUGUGGCCCCUCCGUGGACUCUUAUCAAUGAACACUCCGCCGAAUAGCCCUAGGUUAUCGCCUUUGGGGACAUUGGAAGAUAUAGCAAGGGCCGUGGCGACUAUGCGCGCCACAUGGGUGUCUCCUCCGUUUCUUGCAGUGAGCGGAGAGGAAUCCAUUGGGAAUACAAAUACAGGAGAGAAAACGUCCCAGGCAUACAGAACGGUGACUCAAGUGGAUGGCAAUGCAAGCAAAUAUGCCCUCGUGAAUGAACUUCAACCCAUAUCCACGCCUGACAGAACUAUCCUUGGAUCUACAAUACAGAGAGGGACAACUAUCAAGGCUAAAAUUUCGGAUACGAUUUACUCUCAACAAACCCUCAACAUGUUGAAUAAGCUAUUUGGUGCACGACUAUGCGCGGGAAUGGAAAACAAAGUUGUGCAGGAUGUUGUCAGAGAAGUCCAUGGCAUGAUGACCCCAGAACAGCACUUAGUGCUAUGCCUAGGCGCUUGGCAAUUUGAAGCCAAUCGAAUAAGACUUCUAUCACACCCAUGGGAGCACUUUUACAGGUUUGCUUUUAUGGAGCCAGGGAUUGGCAAAUGCGAUCUCUUUGCUGGCAUGGCAAGAAGUUGGAAUUCUGUAUUAGGCGACCAGAAAACUGCAGAAGAAAUCACUGCUAUGUGGCAAGACAUGAUUACCGCAUCUAGUUGA